AUGCUUAAUUCUCCAGAAGAAGAAAUUUUGGCUAAAGCAUGUGAAGCCAUUUAUAAGUUUGCUUUAAAAGGUGAGGAGAAUAAAGCCACCCUUCUUGAACUUGGAGCUGUGGAACCCUUAACCAAACUCCUCACCCAUGAGGACAAAAUUGUGAGAAGAAAUGCUACCAUGAUAUUUGGAAUCUUAGCUUCGAACAGUGACAUCAAGAAACUGUUAAGGGAGUUAGAUAUCAUGAAUUCUGUCAUUGCCCAGCUUGCUCCAGAAGAAGAAAUUGUUAUCCAUGAGUUUGCUAGUCUCUGUCUAGCAAACAUGUCUGUAGAGUAUACAGGUAAAGCACAAAUAUUUGAAAAUGGUGGCUUAGAACCACUCAUUCGACUGCUGAGUAGCCCAGACCCUGAUGUGAAGAAGAAUUCUAUUGAAUGCAUUUACAACUUGAUACAGGAUUUUCAAUGUCGAACUCUACUGCAGGAACUAAAUGCCAUCCCUCCUAUGAUGGAACUCCUGAAAUCAGAGUAUCCAGUCAUUCAGCUGUUGGCUCUUAAAACCUUUGGUGUUAUUACAAAUGAUAAGGAAUCCCGGGCAAUGCUCAGAGAAAAUCAAGUGCUCGAGCAUCUUCUCAAGAUCCUAGAAACGAAGGAAUGGAGCGACCUUCAUGUAGAAGCCCUGGCAGUCAUUGCCAACUGCCUGGAGGAUAUGGACACGAUGCUGCUCUUGCACCAGACCGGGAUGCUGAGAAAACUCCUGUCAUUUGCAGAAAGCUCCACCAUUCCCGACAUUCAGAAGAAUGCAGCCAAAGCCAUCACCAAAGCAGCUUACGAUUCUGAAAAUAGAAAACUUUUUCAUGAACAAGAAGUUGAGAAGAGCCUGGUAACCCUUCUUGGCUCGGAAAGUGAUGGAACUAAAAUCGCUGCCUCUCAAGCCAUUUCAGCCAUGAGCGAGAAUUCCAGCAGCAAGGACUUUUUCAGUACUCAGGGGAUUCCACAAUUAGUUCAGUUGCUGAAGAGUGACAAUGACGAAGUGAGGGAGGCGGCAGCCCUGGCCCUGGCAAACUUGACGACUAAUCAUCCUGCCAAUGCCAAUGCUACUGCAGAAGCCGACGCUAUCGAUCCGUUAAUAAACAUCCUGACGUGCAAACGAGACGGCGCCAUCGCCAACGCAGCCACGGUCUUAACAAACCUGGCAAUGCAAGAGCCCCUGCGCGGGGUGAUCCAGGGCCACGCGAUCAUGCAGGCCGUGGUGGGCCCGCUGAGCUCCACCAACACGCAGGUGCAGAGCAAAGCCGCGUUCACCGUGGCUGCCAUCGCCUGCGACGCAGAGGCGCGGAUCAUGUUAAGAAACUCUGGUGGCUUGGAGCCCUUGGUACAGCUCCUGUACUCUAAGAAAGAUGACGUCCGGAAGCAUGCCAGCUGGGCUGUGAUGGUCUGUGCCAGCGAUGAGCCAAUAUCUCUUGAGCUAUGCAGGCUUGGGGCUUUAGAUAUCCUUGAAGAAAUUAAUCUAUCAAUAAGUCGAAAAAAUAAAUUCAGUGAGGCAGCUUAUAACAAACUGCUUAACAACAACCUUCCUCUGAAAUACAGCCGGACGGGCCAUUUGUCAUCAAAUAACAUAAUUGGUGAUGGGUUCUAUGACUAUGGUCAGAGCAAUGCUGGCUCAAGACUUCUGCCACUGAAGGAGCUGUGCAUGCAGGAGCCAAAUGACCUGCGUGCUGUCCUGUUAGUCAACAGCAAAUCUGAUGCCUCUCCCCCUCCAUCCAUGGAAGACAAAUCAUCAGAUGUCGGUUAUGGACGAAGUAUUUCUUCCUCAUCUUCCCUAAGAAGAGCAAGUAAAGAAAAGGCCAGGAAAUCUGGUUCUCGUUUUAGUACUGGAUUUGGCUCUCCCUCAGAAGAGAAGUCAGAACCUCCUUCAGGACGAAAUACUGUUGUUUCCAAAAGUGGGGGCAAGGAGAAAGGAGUGAGGAAAGGCAGAGGGAAAAAAGAAGAGGAGAAAGUGAAAGAGGAGGAAGAUAUUAAUGCAGUCCCCAAACUGACUGGAGAAGGCAUCCCUGAAAAAGAAUGGUACCCUCCCCAUGACCCUGACUUCUGUGUGUAUGUGUACGAGGUCACCAAGUCGAUCCUGCCCAUAACCAAUAUUAAAGAACAGAUCGAAGUGCUCGCCAAGUACGUGGCAGACAAAAUGGGUGGUAGGAUUCCAAAAGAAAGACUACAUGAUUUCAGCUGGGAACUUCACAUAAGCGAGCUGAAAUUUCAACUUAAAUCCAAUGUUUUACCAAUUGGAUAUAUCAAAAAAGGAACCUUCUGCCAUCGAGCUUUGCUUUUCAAGGCUCUGGCUGACAAAAUUGGUGUUGGCUGCUCUCUCGUUCGAGGAGAGUAUGGUCGGGCAUGGAAUGAAGUAAAGCUGCUUAAUGAGUCCCGAAAGGGAGUGACGGGGCUCCUCCCCAGCCCAGACCUGUAUAUUGUGGAUCUCAUGUUCCAUCCAGGGUCAUUGAUGAAGCAACAGAGCCGAGAGGCUGAUAUUUACCAAUUUAUUUAA